AUGAAUAAUAACUGGACAUUUGAUCAUGAUGAUCAUGCACCGUUUGGUACCGAUGAACAUAUUAAUAUAGCGGAAUAUCGUUCAUUAUUAAUAACAAUAUUUUUCUUUAUGAUUGGUUUAUUUGGAAAUUGUAUAAUGUUAAUUGGUAAUGGAUAUAUAUUACGUCAUUCAUCAGGCGGAGAAAAACGUACAUUUGAAAAUUUUCUUGUUGAAAUAUCUUUAUUUGAUUUAAUUAUAUUGACAUAUCAUUUGAUCAAUUCAAUUAUACGCUAUAAAGCAUCGCCAAAAAAUGAAAAUGAUAUUAUGACUGGUUUAAUAAAUAUAUCAACUGUUUGUUGUAAAUUAUUAACAUACAUUAUACGUGUCUCAAUUUUAAUGUCACAUUGGUUGAUUAUUUUACUACUUCUUAAUCGAUUGUUUCUUGUUUAUUCGAAAUUCUAUCGAUUUAUUGCUAUUGUCAAUGCUAAAUAUGCAGUUUGUGGUCUAUUAUUUAUAUUCACUCUCUUCAAUGUACCACCGAUCGAAUCGAUGUCUUACAAUGAACCCCUUUCUUUCAUACAAAAUUCAACAGUAAAUCUAACUUAUCAUCGUCAUUGUUUAAUGAAUGCAGAAAUGGUUGAUUUACAUGAAUCAAUUUAUGCAACAGCAGUUAUUCUUAAUGUAUUUUUCUAUACGGGUCUUGGCUUAAUGCUAGCAACAGUAAUAAUAUGCAUUUUAUCAAUAUUAUUAUUUCGUAAAGGUACACAAGUAUGGAAUGAAUUGCAUUCACACUAUUCUCAAACGGAAAAUAUUUCACUGCGAUAUGAUUCUCCCAUAGCUGAGUAUCUUCGUACAUAUAAUGCAGCAUUUGCACUUGCAAUUGUAUUUGUAUUUUUAUCAAUACCAUGUAAACUCUUACGUUUAAUGGUUUUAUUUGCAUCAAAUAGCAUUGAUGAAUAUUCAUCAUCAAAUGAAGUUCUUCUCAAAGCUCACGCACAUAUGCAAACCAUAGGUUUAGCAUUUGAAUUAUCACUUUAUUCAUAUAAAUUUUUUGUUUUCAUUUGUACGAAUUAUCGAUUUCGAUGUGCACUAAAAUAUUUAUUAAGAUAUCAACGUAGUCAUGUUAUUAUGGACCAGAGAAUAUCAACAGUUACAAAUAAUAAUGAACACAGUCGAAUUCAUCUAAGUCAUUCACAAGAAAGUGUACCAUUUGAAGUAUUAUAUAAACAUUUAAAAACAAAUGAAUUUGAUAUUCCAAUCAAUAUGCAUCAGACAAAUGCGCUCGGUGGACACGCAGCUCUCAGUUCAUAUAGUCAUCGAUCAAGUUUUAAGACACGUUCAAGUGUUUGUAGUCGCCGAACAAAAGAAGACGAAAUAUCACUUUAA